UCUCUCACACAUCGUGUAACUAAAACGUAACACAUCUCAACCCAAAUGACAAGUCGUGUACGGGUUCAGCUGAAAUUUUACUGUUUUGAAAAAAUGCUGCAGAAAAUCUGGUCGAUUAAAUUUCUACCUGGACUUUAAGGAUCAUCAUGGAAGGGAGUAGUGGACCUCCUGUGAAACCUCCUCGGGGCAUAAAACCCUCAAAGGAGACGAGUGGUUUAUUGAUAUCUGUGAUUCGUGCACUAUCUGCCAGUGAAACUAAUGAGCAGCGUGAGAUCGAAAAGGCUAAGCUUGAAAAAGACUUUAAAAGGUGCGAUCAAAGGCUCGAUGAACUAGUUUCGCUUCAUGAAACUGAUCUUCUGGAGGUUAUGAGAAUAUUUAGCGAAUUAUAUGAAAGAGUCACAGCAGCUCGGGAAAAAAUUCACUCUGUCAAAGAAAAUUUAAAUGCUUGUAAACAGUUGCUCAACUGUAGAAGGGAAGAACUGAUGAAACUCUGGCUAGAAGGUGUUGAGCAUAAAUAUGUUUUACAACUGCUCAAUGAUGUUGACCAAUUAAAGGAGAUUCCUUCCAAAUUGAGUACUCAUUUGGAAAAGAAGCAUUAUUUACAUGCAACCCAAAUGGUUGUUACUGCGAUUUCGUUGAGCGGUGGUGUUUUGGGAGAAGUGGAAGGUUUAAGGGAAGUUAGGGCUGACAUAGAAAUAAAAAAGCAAAAACUAAUCAGUAAGUUGUUAGAAGAGUUGAAUAAACAUUUGUACAAAGAACAAGUGAAAGAAGUCGGAUUGAGGAGACAGGGUUCUAACAGAGAUUUUCAACGUGGGAUUGAGAUGCGCAACUCAAAGAGUAGCAAAGUAAAAAAGAAUCUACUUGAUGUUACCAUACCAGGAUUCGUUUCUGGUCAAGUUUCGAGAAAAACAAGUAGUGCAGGGCUAGACGAUCUUAAUAAUCUUAUGGAUGAUGAAAAUAAUUUGAACCUUGAAGAAAAUCCUGAACAUUUUCUAGCCAUUAUCGAGUGCCUAGCUUUGCUAAGUCAAAUACCUGAAGCAAUCGAAGUCAUUAAAACGCAAAUGCAAAGCGAACUGCUGAGAAUUAUUGAGCAAGCCUCUAAAACUGUUAAGGAAUCAUUGGACAAAAAAAAAGCACAUGUAAAUAUCAAAGUCCAAGAUGUAAAUACUGGAGAGCCAUCAAGUCAAUCUCCUCUUCUUGAUUUACUUAAUGAAAUUUUUUCGCGCUUUCAACAAGUUAUUACUAACCACUCUACAGCUCUGUGUGGAUUCGCUCAUGUAACUAAAAAGCAUAAUGUAGAAGUGCUUGUAUAUGAAAUGGCGGACGUAUGGAAUGGCAUUCAAGCUGCAUUACAAAUAUUGCUUACUGAGUACUUGGAUGUACAAAAUGUGGUUGAUGGAUCAUUCCAGGCCACAUUAUCGCUAAAUGAACAAACCAAUGAUAUUAAUAUGUACUUUGCUAAGAAAAAGCCUCAACGACAGAAAAAUGGUUUACUUUUUAAGUUUGACUCGUCAACUCACGCCAUAUCUUUAAAUAAUUAUCUUAAGGAUCAUAGAUACAGUAGCCUUACGUUUACAGAUAACAAGCAAUUAAAGUCGAAGAAAAAUUUAGUUUGCAAGCCUGAUCCAAAUAACAUAACACUCAUAUUUAGGCCAAUAAUGCAAUUCAUUGAAGAUGUUGAACGAGCAUUAGGUAUCCCUUCCGGGAGUCCAUCGUGUACUUUGAGUAACUUUUUGGCAGAUUAUGUGAAAGAGGUUUACCUCGGAAGGCACCAUGUAUUGGUUGCAACGACUAUCGAGACGGCCACAAAGAGCACGGACGCAUGGCGUGCUACCACUUCUCCUGAACAAAUGAAAGACCUAAGACUGAUCAGGCCGUUGCUGCAGAGCACAGUAAAAGUUCAACAGUGUGUGGCAGAGUUGCGAUUGCUCAUUAUAGCAUUGCCCCUGCAGGGUGAACAUUUUUGUACAUUAACCCUAAACGUUCUGCACAAUUAUCGCGAAACGUGCCAGGAAACUUAUCGGAGUAUCGUUCAGCCUGACCGCCACGAUAGGCUCAUUUGUUCUGCUGCUUGGCUCAAAGACGAAGACAUCAACAGGUUCAUCAAAUCUCUACCCAAUUGGGAGAGUAUGAAGAACGAGGAACCUCUCUACCGGAAAGGUCCAUCCGGUCGUCGGAUUCCAAGAAGGCAGGAGACUCAAGAUGAAGAGAGCCCGGAAGACAUUCGGCUGCGAAAUAUCAGGGAAGCGGAAAUUUUAGCUAGUAAUUUGGGCGAGGGUGGUAUUGCCGCGAAUGAAAUAAUUUCCGAUAUCGAUAAACUGAGGAGUUUGGCCUUGCUGCAAGAGAGUAUCGAAUGGCUCGCUCUAUUUAUUCGCUCCUUGAUCAAAGAAUUGCGUCAGUCUAAUCGCGAACGCAACUUGGACUCCAAUACCCUACCGCCUAUGCCUGAUCCUCUUGUACAGUGUCUGGAGCAGGUUGCCAAGGAUUACGACGAACUCGCCAAUACUUGUAUAUUGGUUUUACAUUUGGAGGUUCGAGUUCAGUGCUUUUAUUAUCUGCAUCCAAGGGGUGACGUAAAUCUUUUGUGCAGAGGAACAAAGGAUCCCGAAGAGCCGGAUCCUCGCGUCGAGGAACUAAGCAGGGUGCUGCAGCACAUAGAUGAAUCUCUGCAAUCGACUCUUCAUCCAAAAAAGAGCAAGUACAUUUUCGAGGGUCUGGGCCAUCUGAUCGCGAAAAUCCUGAUAAGCUCGGCGCAGUACAUCGAACGCAUAGACGAGAGCGGCGUGCAGAAGAUGUGUCGCAACGUGUUCACGCUCCAGCAGACCCUGACCAAUAUAACGAUGACGCGCGAGUUGGCCCUCGAUUAUGCGCGCCAGUACUUUGAGCUGUUUAACGAAUCGCCCGAGGAACUGUUGAGCGGCGUCCUGGAGCAUGGGCCACAGUUUACCGAGCUCGAGUACAUGAACGCCCUACAGCUGAUUGCUCGCAGUCGACAGGAGUACGCCCAGGUCAACCGACAUCUGGAGAAGCUCUCGGAGAUACUCGGAGACAUUGGGGUCACUGUGUAGUCUUGGUGCAGUACGGUAGACAUUGUUUGAUGAACUUUUUUUUUUUUUUGUUUAAGCUACGCCCACGUAUAGAAUACUAUACUCGACUAACGGCUAACUAAAUUGUUUAGGGAUGUGUUGUUGAAACGAGAGAGAACGAAAGAAAAUAAUUACGGAUAUUCCGCUGUUAAAUAUUUAUUUUAUAUAUAUAUAUAUAUUAUGUGAAUAUCUCACUGUA